AUGCCGUUUCUUGGGUUUUUUCUCUUUAUCUGCUAUCUCUACCUCACCGGUACUAUUUUCUUCGAUGGAAUGCACUAUCUGCUCCAUCGCUGGGCACGGUCAGAGUGGAAGAUCCUGCGCCAGCUCUCCCGCUACCACCAAUACCAUCACCUCUACUACGGCCGCUUGCUCCAGUUUAACCCCAAAUACAUCAGCUUAAAUGCACGGAUCGCCCUUCCACUCGAGCUCUUUUGCCAACUGCUGGGGAGCGUUAUCGGGUGGUCACUUGCGAGAGCGGUCUGGUUGUCCCCGAGCAGUCAUUCCGAUCGCAGGGCUCUGCUCCUCGUCCUCCUGAUCCAAACGGGGAGAGCCCUAGCCGUGAUUCUUAAUGAUGGCAAGGACUCCAACCACAUCUCCUACGACACAAUUCCAAAAGACCGGAGCUGGGCUUUCGUGGGCCCCGAGUAUCAUGCCCUGCACCAUCAUUACCCGGACAAGUACAUGGGAUCGGCGAUCAAGGUCUUCGACUGGGUGGCGGGCACGGCAUACUCUCUUCGCGGCAAGACCGUCGUUAUGGUCGAUGGUUCCGGAGAGUUUGGACAGGCGAUGGAAAAGCACCUCCUAGGGGAACGGGUCAAAUGCGUCCACAAGCUGAGUUUCAAGUUAGGCUGCUCGCAACAAGACAACGCCCGCCUGCUCACCAUGCUGGAAGAGGCGGACAUUCUCAUCCUCGCGCACGACACGCAGAGCAUAGCUGGCACAGAGUCAAACUUCACAUCGUCAAUCCGGCUGGUUCAAGAGUUCCUGCGAUUCAAAGCGACACGCAGAGGCAAGGUGCUCCCGGAGAUUUGGUAUGUUGGUUGCGAGUCGGAGCUGCCCCUGCCGUGGGGAAUCAUCCAUGCCCGAAAAGAUUCUGUUCCAGCCAAGCCAUCCUUCCUGCCUUAUGCUCGCUCCCUUUAUCGUUCCUCGCAAGUUGUCUAUCGCCAUAUCGUGCUUCCAGUAUACCACCACCCGACAACGAGAUUCUUUGCGUCGCCCGACUGGGUUGCCCGUGCGGUGCUGUGGUGGAUCCGCCGAGGAGCUCACUUUGUUCCGGUGACUUGGACCGGGCGGGCGUAUUCGCACUUUCUACCGCUGUUGUUUGGCAAUGCGGUAGACAUGGACUGGACGGACGAGAGGAAGGAUACGCGCAAGGGCUUUCCUGUCAUACAAACCCAGUGA